CACAGUUUGGCUUUAGUGUCCGAGAGUGUGAAGAUCAGGGAAGAUCAAACUACCUACCGUAGGUUGACCCCUGAGCCUCCGUGUCUCCCCGUCAAGGAUCCAGGUUGCACACAAGGGAUACCAUCACAGUACUUCUGCGUUCUGCCAACCUUGCCAAAGCCACAAUGUCACAAUUCUGUACAAUGCCAGCUGGAGAGAGGAAGAAGCGUGCAGCAGCUAUUUGCCAAGAGGUCCAUGGUACCAAUGGUGACGUAAUGGAUCUCGGAAAGAAGCUCAGCACUCCUAAAGACAUUAUGUUGGAGGAGUUAUCGUUGCUUUCCAACAGAGGGUCCCGGCUUUUCAAAAUGCGCCAGAGGAGAUCUGAAAAAUAUACAUUUGAAAGUAUCCAAAAUGAGGCAAACGCACAGCUAAAUAAUGAUAUUUUAACUGGGAACACACACACUGUGGAAAUUAAAGUAGAUGCACCAACCAAUGGAAAUACUGCUAAUCCAGGAAGCACUGUUUCAGACACGACUGCAGAGAAGUUAAAUGUCACAGCUAUGCACAAGUCCUACCACUCCCCGUGGGAGCAGGCGAUCCUCAAUGAUCCCGACCUUGCUGAAACUCUCAAACUUUCAAUGCCAGCGCCAGACCCACGACCAGAGCUGCCUGGGUACAAAUGCUUCAACCGGGUUGCCACUCCAUUUGGUGGCUUUGACAAAUCUCCCAGAGGAAUCACAUUCAAGCUUCCUGAGGUGGACCUGAACCCGCCCAGUUAUUCAGAGCUGCAGGAGCCAGGGAUGAAGAGGCCCACCUUCAAUAGGACAGCCCAGGGAUGGAUAUCUGAGGGCACCCAUCUUAUCCUACCCACUGUUACCCUGGAGCCAAUCAAAGUCCCAGAGUCUGAUGACCUGUAGAUGCUCUUACUGUAUGUAAUCUGGCAACACGGUGUUGACUGUAGUGUUUUGGCCCUGCCUGCGAUCACAGCAAAACAGUCACUUAUUAGCACAGUCACAAUCCCCUACCAUUAUUUUCGAUUUCUCCCACACAAAAUGUGUCAUGCAUUUGUUGACUAGUGUGUUUGGUGUAAACUGUAUUCAAAGAAAAUGAUGUAAAUAGCAAAAACAAUGUGCUAUAAACAACCCAAGAAGAGUUUCCAGUGAUACUGAAAAGCAAAACUGUAAAUUUUAUAAAUGUUCAAAUGAAUUGAUGAAUAUGUAAUGUAAAUAAAGAAUGCAAUUUAUUUAUUGAUGGCACACAACUGAAACGAAAGCAAGUUCUACUUGGUUAUUAUUGGUAAGCAGUAUUUCAAUUAUAUCUACUGUAAAGAAUUAUGUUACAGAAAAAUACACAAAUAAACUGGUGACAUUCAUUGCUAUUUAUUUAUUAUCACAUUUAAAGGUCUGAUUUAAAUAAAAACAUCAUAGAGUAAGAAGUGCUGAAUAUACAAAUAAAAAAUAAUUAAACUAUGAAUUAAUUUAAAAUUCAACACUAAAAACAGCUUCAAAUGAAUUAAAACAUUAAUACACCUGUAACAAGAAAAUGACAGUGAGAGCCCUGUUUUCUGACCAGGUUCUGCAUCCUUCAUAGAGGAUUAAUUGUUGACUGUUGAAACAAAGAAACAUCUUGGCGUGGAUAAGACAAAUGCCUUUGGUGUGGUAGAACAAGGUUCAAUUCCCACUGUGACACAUCCACCAAUGUGUCCCUGAGCAAGACACUUAACCCCUAGUUGCUCCAGAGACCUCUGACAUACAUAGCAAGUGUAAUUCUUUUUGGAUAAAUGUAGGUCACAGCAACCUGGGAGGAACCUGGACUUUGACCUGUGAUGACAUGGAACUGGCUCUUAAUCAAAAACAAAGCACAUUCAUGGACUCUUUGACUUUAUAUACAAAUAUAUUUCAUAACUGUACAAGCAAUAACCCCCACCGCCCCACAUGAGCCAAACAAAAUGGAAAUAAUCAUGCCUGCCUUGCAAUUACACUGAAGAGAAAAUGUAAAUGUUUGUCCUGGAUUGUUUCACAGAGGGACUAAAAACCUACAACCUUACAGUAUCACAAUCUGCAGUAGUAAUACUGUGUGAGUGCAAAAUACACUGACUGUCUGUAACCGA